AUGGAGGCGGAGGGAAAAUGCUCCGAGAGCGACAUCUCGGAAGAAGAUGCAAUGGAGAUGGUUAUGGAAGAGGCGGAGGUUGGUGAGAGCACUUCCGAGUCGGAAUCUUCAGAGGUCCUGGCACUGGAAGACGCGGUGCAGGAGCUGGAGGGGCCUGCAACAUCUGACGAACCAACAUCGAAAUCGAAGCGUCGUUGGGGCCGUACUGGGCUCCGUGGCGUUUCCAAGCGAAUCGACACGCGGUCGCGGACCACAUCCUAUCAGGCAGCGGUGUGCUUUGACAACCUCACUCUCAGGUCGAAGUAUUGCUCCGACAUUCAGCAAGCCGUUGACUUUCACAUCAUUUUCCUACAGAUUCGAGACGAGGUGGAGCGGACAGUUGCGGGUCAGCCGGGCUUGGCUUGGUCUGAGGCGUGCAAGAAGGCUUGCGAAACUCGUGAUGAGGAGCUGAAAGCCAUGAAGGUGGCGUUUUAUGUUGACAUGCGCGCAUUCGGGGUAAAGUUGUCCAGCCCCAGUACGAGUAGCCUGCCGGAGGCCUUGGAGUAUCGCGAGCGGCUGUUUGCAGCUCGUGAGGCGAAUGAGGAAGCCUUUGGUGAGGAGCUGGUCAAUAUUCUUCUGGCCCAUCGACAGACGGUCAACAAGCGACGACCUGCAAAGUCUCAAGAGGAGGCGAUGCAAUUUUCCCAGAGCUUCUUGACCCAGGCGCGCGAACGGAAAGAGGCCAUCGAGAAGCUGAAGUUGCUGAAGCAAGAGCAGCGGCAGAAGGCAGCUGCGGCGCGUGAGCAGAAAAGGCUUCGGAGGCAAGAGCAGCGUCAUUCACAGCUCGCAAGCCUCUGGAAACCGGCGGCGAAGCGUGCUGAACUGCGCCUGCAGCGCACGCUGGCGCGAGCGCGCUGCAAGGAAAGCCCAAGAGCUGACGGCCCGCAGGCAGCGACAGGCGCAGCAAAAAGCCGAUCGAGCGAAACUCGCCCAACGUCUACGUCAGCUCCGCCAGCGUCUCCGGUCGGCGAACUUGCAGAGGGAGAUGACCUUUGCCCAGCAGCAGGAGUUGUCUGCCGGAUUUGA